GCGUGUGAGUGAAGUUGUGCACAGUGUGACUGAGGCUCUGCUGCUGAACGGAUUUAAUGAUCUGACUCAAGAGGAUUCAUUUUCAGAAACUUUUUUUUUUUUUUCAGCAGAAUUCAAACUUCAGACUUUGUGUUUUGGUGAUGCAUUAUCGCCUUUUCCUGGUCGCUGCUCUGCUGUGUUGUUGUUCAGGAGAAUCCUCGGUGCAUGGGUCACCAAAGACGGCCCUGGCCUUGGCUGGGGAAGACGUCAUUCUGCCCUGCAGCUUCAGCAACACUGCCACUCAUGACUUUCCAGCAGUGGAGUGGUCUAAGGAAGGUCUGCAGCCAGACAACAUCGUCCUCUUGUACCGGGAUGGCUGUGAGGAUCACGCGAUGAAGAACGCCGCCUUCCGGUACAGGACGAGCUUAAUCUCCAAAGAACUGAAGAAUGGAAACAUCUCGUUAAGGAUCUCCAAUGUCCAGCUGUCUGACGCAGGGACGUACCAGUGCAAGAGGCUGUGGACUGACAAACGCUGGGACGUUACAGCAGUGGAGCUUGUUGUGGAUGCAGUUUCCGAGCCAAAACUCUCCGUCACAUCAGUUGAAGGUGGAGGCAUAACCCUUCAGUGUGAGGCAAAGUGCUGGAAGCCGGAGCCUGAGAUCACGUUCCUUGAUGAUCAGGCAAACGACAUCCGUGCCGAUGACCCAAGAAGAGAUCAAGAUGCCACGGGAUGUUUCACUGUGAAGCGAAGAGUGACUCUCAAGGAUGCUGCCAGCAGGGUCACAUGCAGAGUUCAUCAGCCAAAGACCAACCAGACCAGGACCACACACUUUCCUGUCAUACCAGGCUGGAAGUCCUGCUCUCUAACAACUGCUAUUGCUGUGGGAGGGACCAUCUUACUUCUGUUAGCUCCGUCGUGUGGGUUAGGUGUCUAUUUAUGGAGAAGAUGUGGCAAAUCUGAGGAAUCAAAAUCGUCAAUGUCCAGACAGUCAUCAGAUGAAAGCACAGUAAGUGGCACCUCUGAAACCAAGGUGUUCCUGAAAAGUGUCAAGGUUGUCAAGGCCAACGACGUGGGAAACCAAUCUCAAACCAUUGAGAUGCUGACAAAACAGGUGGCCGACCUCAAAUCAAAGCUUCACGAGAAAGACGAGACCAUCCGCCAACUACAGAACAACAACAAUCCCCAGCAAACUGCGGCUGUUUGCCAGUACGACCAGCCAACGACUCUCCACGGUCCUCCAGCCUCAACCAUCAACAGCCCUCCAAAAUCUGGCAACAUACCCCGGAUCAGCGGGCGGAAACGCGGCAUCUUACGGCAAAACAGCUUCUCACUACCCAGCUGCCCAACCACCAAAGCCCGUCGAUACAGCUGCCCUAUUUUAAACUUCCCAGAGCCCCCCAGCACUACUUCAGCCAGCACUAAAGUGAAAAAGCUCAGCAGUAUCGGCCGUUCAAUGAGCGAUACUUGUGCUCGACCCCGUCCGAAGGUCAAGCUUCAGCGUCAACAUUCCUCAUCUAAUAAUCGCUUCUUCCUCCUGGAAAAUUUAACAGAAGAGUCAGACUAAACACAAAGCAGGAAAAUGAAA